ACUUACCACAUUGUUCGAUUGCCACGUCGCCUGACACGUGUCUUUGCCAUGUCCAUCGUCCUCUUCCUUUAAUAUCCCAGCCCAACCGCCCCAAACUUACACUUGCUGUGAUUUUGAAUUACAGAUCCUUGUUUUUCUCUCUUUGAUCGCUCUCGAUCUCCGAUCCCCUUAAUUUGUCAGUAAGUUUGUUUGAUAUAAUUCGUUUUCAUGGCUUCCAAACAACCUUCUCGGCUCUUCGUUAUGGUGCUGGUGAUGCUGGUGGUGUUGCUUGCAAUCUCCAGUGUCGGCCAUAUGGAGUCAACAAACGAAGGAGGUCGUGAGUACGAGGAAGUGAAGGACACGGCAAAACAUGUCGAGGAUAAGGCGGCAGGGACGGCGCAAGAGACCAAAGAAGCUUCCGAGUCGUGGGCCGAGUGGGCUAAGGAGAAACUCUCUGAACUUGGGUUGAAGCAAGAUGAUGACUCCAAGGAAACUGCUAGGGAGGCUUCUGGAAGCGGUCAAUACAGUGGAGAUAAGGUUAAAGACAUUAAAGAUACAGCAGCCGAGAAGGCCAGAGACGUGAAGAACGCUGCUACAGAGAAACCGGGCGACAUAACAAAUGGAGCAAAGGAAAAGGCCGCUGAGGCUGCUAAUGCAGCGAAGGAGAAAGCCAGCAAGAAAAAGAAUGAGGCGGCAGAAAAGGCCGCCGAAGCGAAGGAAAGAACGUCCCAAAAGGUAGAAGAGGCGAAAGAAAAGGCGGCUCAGACGGCAAGGGAAGCGAAAGAGAGAGCAGCCCAGAAGGCCGAGGAAGCGAAGGGUGCGGCUACGGAGAUGGGGAGUAGCGCCGUGGAGGGAGCGAAGAAGAAGCCGGCGGAGACGGAGGAGGAGCUGAGUUGGGCAAAGGAAAAGGCAAAGGAGGCCUUGGAGGCCGCCAAGCACAAGUCCCAGAAAAUUAAAGAGAACAUUGUUGGUGGAGGCCACGGUGAGGAACUUUGAGCGAGCUGGUCGAUCGGUCCACGUACACCAUGGAUGUCUCUGCUUAGACAUUCUGUUUCUUUUUGUUGUUUCAUCAGAUUUUGUUCCGCAGGUGGUCGUAUAAACGUACAGUUUCUGUACGUGCUUGUAAUUCGUCUUGUUUCGUGAAGGUUCCUUUAAUUUUGUGCCAAUAACAGUGUGAUUAAGAUAUAGAGAAUGUAUUUUACUUCACGGCCGGGGUCAGUCAGUCACUGGUGUGUGUAUUUGGUUUGCUAUUUUCUUUUGAAAAUAUUGCAAAUUUCUAAACUUAAUAAAGUUUUUCAUUUUUAAAGGCUCUA